CAGAUUUUAUGGUGUAUCAACUUACUGUUUGAUAUAAAUGCAUCAGAUGUCUAAACAAAUGCAAAAAGAUUUCUUAUGAGUUCUGAAGCAUCACUUGCUGACCAUUUUACAAUGAGUGCUGCUCAAAAUGAAUCUGCUGAACAACUUAAUAACAGACAUGGUUCACAUGCAAGUGAUGAUGAUGGGCUUGUUGACAAAAAAGACCCUUCUUGGAAAUCAAAGUCUAUUAUUAAGCAAGGUCAUUUAAGAGUAAAAGAAGAUGGGCAAAAAGUUUACAAAAAGACUCCAAGUCAAGCCAUUAUGGAUGCUACACAGCUUGGUAUUGGUUUUUCAGUUGGUAGACUCAGUGCAAAACCAGAGCGUGAUGUUCUUAUGGGUGAUUUCUAUUUUGUUGAAAAAGUUUGGUUUCCAAGCUCUGGCUCUAAAGAAACACCAUCUCAUAAGUUUUAUGACUUUCGUUUUAAAACCUAUGCUCCUGUUGCAUUUCGAUAUUUCAGAGACUUGUUUGGUAUUCAACCUAGUGACUUUCUUCUUUCUCUUGCUAAUGAGCCAAUUAAGGAGAUAUCUAAUCCUGGAGCAAGUGGUUCUUUAUUUUUUGUGUCCAACGAUGAUAUGUUUAUUGUAAAAACUGUUACUCAUAAAGAAGCUACUUUCUUACAACAGCUUUUACCUGGAUAUUACAUGAACCUACAUCAAAAUGCACGUACACUUUUACCAAAGUUUUUUGGGUUAUACUGCUAUCAGUCUGGAAGUUCUAAUAUAAGAUUGACUGUUAUGAAUAAUUUGCUUCCUUCAAAGUAUAAAUGUCAUAUGAAAUUUGAUCUUAAGGGUUCAACAUACAAAAGGAAAGCAAAUAAAUUAGAAAAAGCAAAGAAAAGUCCAACUUACAAAGAUCUAGAUUUUUUAACAAUGUUUCCAAAUGGAAUUCCUUUAGAUGCUGACACCUAUGAUGCUGUUGUCAAAACAAUCAGUAGAGAUGUUAGGGUUUUAGAAAGCUUUAAAAUUAUGGAUUACAGUUUUCUUCUUGGCAUUCACAAUGUUCACCAAGCUGAACUUGAGAGAACAGCAGAUAUUGCUACUUCACCUAACCACAUGUUGCCGAAUCCAGAAAGAGAAGCAAGACGAAAUGAAUUUGGGGCUGCUCUUGAAGCUAUUCAGAUAAGCAAGGAUGAUAAGGAUCCUGAUGUUCGACCUUGUCCAGUAGGAGGUAUCCCUGCUAAAAAUGAAAAAGGGGAGCAGUUAGUUUUGUUUCUUGGAAUCAUUGAUAUUUUGCAGAACUAUAGGUUAGCUAAAAAGAUGGAGCACAGUUGGAAAUCAAUUUUGACUGAUGGGGACACAGUUUCUGUGCACAAACCCUCAUUUUAUGCAAAACGAUUUUUGGAUUUUAUCAAAGACAAAGUUUUUAAAAGAAUUGGUGUUCAAAAAAGUAACACUAAACGUCGGUCAUAUCGUAGUUCUAAUGCUGUUCCCUUCAGUGAAAAAGUUCAUGCCUCAUCUCUAGCAGAUACCUCUUUUGAUCAAACAUUUGAUGGGUUGUCACUUCAAUCAGAAAUUGAUUUAGCAAACAAAAUCAAAACGAACAAGGUUGUAACUAUAAUGGAACCAGAGAAUGAAAUCAUAGAAGAAACAGUAAUACAUGAAGCAUUCAAUUCUACUGACCAAAUAGACAAUAAAGAAAGUGAAGAUGAAGGAGGAACUUUAAAUCUACAUGCAGUUAAUAAUUUUCAACCAGUCCAAUCUUCAGAAAAAGACUUUAAUGUUGAAGACGAUAAAAUUAUUCAUGCAAAUAAUGAUGAAAAUGAUGUAGAAAAAAAUAGAAGUAGCACACUUAACUCAAUAUCUGUACGGAUAAAUAUGGGUAGAGUUGAAUCUAACAUUGUUUCUAAUGAAGAAAUAUCAUAUGUAGAAGAGGUUUACAAUGAAAGCAAGUUUUAAGCAAAUUUUAUUGUAAACAAUAAUGUAUAAUUGUAGAUUUGGGUGACGAUGCUUUGAUCAUUUAUUUUAUCAUGUUGUGCAAGAAACAAAGACAAACUUGUUUUAAUCAUAUUUUUAUAUUGAAAAAAUCUUUAUUUUCAUUGUAAUUUCAUAAAGUUUUUUUAAAUUAAGUUGGUUUUUAAUUUUCUUAUAUUUUGUGUUUUAAAAAUGAUUGCAAUAGUCUCCUUGCAUCUUUAGAUCAUUUUUUGUAUAUAAUUUUGAUAGAAUAAUUUUCUUUAUUGGCUGUAAUAUAAUCUAAUUAGGCUGUGUUUAUUAGAAAAUUGUAAAUGGGGAAAUAUCCUUAAAACUAUAAAAUAAAAGAUUUUUUAUUUGUAA